AUGAAGGCGAGAGCGGGAUUCGGCGCGGCCAAGCCGCUGCCAGGACAACAAGGCUACAAGGUGAAGGAGUCUCAGCGCCUAGAAGCCGAUGCGCAGCGCAUGGAGGAAGACCUUCUCCGCGUGCGCGAGCGUAUGGCGCUCGAGGCGCAGCAACGGGAGAAAGGCAAGGCCAAGAUGAAGGACGGCAAUCGCUGGCGCAGUGCGCGAGAAGACCGCGGAAGCGUGCGGAAGUAUGCACAAGACGUCCGCGAUCGACCUGUUGGCGAGAAGCGCAAGACGAAGAGCCAAGCGCCAUCCCCGGGCCCUCGGCUGGACGCUUGGAGCGUCGCCCACGUUCUCGAGUGGCUAAGUCGCGUCGGUCUCGGCCACCAUACGUCGACAUUCGAAUUCAAUGAGGUGUCAGGCUCGGUGCUCAUGGAGAUCACACCAUCCGACUUGGACUACCUGCAAAUCACUGAUGCAACGGAACGCAAGGCGAUCUUUCACCAAAUCGAGCAGCUGCGUCGCACCUCGGGGCCACCGCCUGUGGUCAAGGUGCCAUUGCCCACAAACGUCGAGGACGAUAAGCUUCACGAUGCCAAGAUUUUACCACUUGCCACCGCCAAGAAAACGAAGCACUGGUCGCAGUUGGCGCCGAUUGCUGACAAUCCAGUCAUGGGGGCACCUGGCGCACCAGUCAACUUGGCGGACGGCGACUUCAACGAAGCGGAGAGUCACGAGUCAUUCUUGAAAGCGCUCUUGGAAUGGCGCGCCACGGAUGUGCAGCCCGAGCACGAUGACAAUGGGUUCUGGUCCAACCCGCUUGGACAUGAUGCUGGGGGCGGUGCACUUCUCAGCGGCCAGUUUGAUGAAGAGCAGAGCCACGCAGCUUUUCUCGACGCGCUAGCUGCAUGGCGCCGCAAGCCCACCAACAGCAUCAACAGUGCGCAAACACCCAAGGAAACGACGCAAAGUGGCACAGCUGGUAGUCCCAUCGAGCCGAAGCGAAGCUGCUGGCAGUGCUACGCUCUCUUCAAAACGUCGCAAAUGAUUCUCGACGCGGCGUCGCGCAAGGAGUUUUGCUCCAACGAGUGCAGAGGCCGGUUUUGUGUCGAGUACGCACGGUUCUACGCGCCUACCUCGCUCUCUGGGAGUGACUCGCCCAGCAAUUAAGAGCCAU